AUGACUUCCGCUGUAGCAGAGCUGGACACUGUCCUGCAGUCUAUGCUAUCCCUCAAACCUCCAGGUGCUACUAAACCAAAGAUCGACGCCAUCACAUCUCUCUGUGCCGCCAACGUACAAUCAUCCACAGUAAUCAUUCAGAAGCUCUUCACUCAUUUCAAGAAGGCCCCGGGUCCAUACAAGCUAGGCGUGCUCUACGUUGUAGAUUCAGUCCUUCGACAGUGGAUCGAUGGCGCAAAGAAGUCUGGCCAGCCCUUGGGCGCAGGAGCUGCUGAUGGCACAUUCGCUGCUGGAGUGUAUCGUAUCACUGAGCUGAUCGACGUGUUCGUAAAUGAUACCAUCGCUACAGCCCCAGACGAUCAAAAGGACAAGAUCAUGAGACUGUUCGACAUCUGGGAGAGGGGCAACACAUUUCCUGCUUCCAAGAGAUCCAAAUGGAAGGAGCAACUAGCUGCACCACACAAGAGCACAACACCCAUCGGAUCGCCACGACCUGGCUUCACACCCCUCGGAAUGGCUAACAACCCUCAACAACCAGCUCAGGUCACCCAGAAUGCUGCUGCCCAGCAGCUCCCGGUAACUACUGCGAUGCCUCCUGCUAGCUUGAAUAAUAUCCUAGGCACCCAUUUUGGAGGCAAUCCCGGUAUCGUAAACGCGAUCGGUCCGCAGGGGAAUGCUGUAAAUCCCUUAGGAGCAAUGUUCUCAGGCUUGAAUAAUGGCGCCACGAGCCAGAGUCCUGCCAACGUACCUCAAACAAACCCCAAUCCAUUUGCUGCUCUACUUGCACCACCUGCAGCGGCCCCUGCUGCUGGGCCUACCGACCCAGCUGCUCAGAUGCAACUACAACUCAUCCAAGCUCUGGCUGCUCAAGGUGUUCCGCCUGACCAAUGGGCUACCGCCUUGCAGAUGCUGAACGCUCAGACCGCGCAGAACGGUGGUAAUCAGUAUGGUGGAGCAUCACGUGAUCAAGAUGCACACACCCGCUCUCCAAACGGUCGUCGCCGGUCACGCUCACCGGACUAUGGUAGAAAGCGGGAUGAGUCUCCAGGUCGUCGCCGCCGCGGCAACAGUCCUGGUGCUAAUCCGUACCGUGAAAAUCGCCGAGGUGGCGGUGGUGAUAGCUAUCGUCAGCGUAGCCCGCAAGGUAGAAGACGACGCUCUCCAAGCCCACAGAAGAAUGAGCCCAAUCUUCCUCCUGCCGAGCGCAACAUCACAUACGAUCCGAGUCUGCCUGCCGGUUCUAUCAAAGUCAUGAGUCGAACACUCUUCGUUGGCGGUGUCACACAGCGAGAACCACAUCUACGAGAUUUGUUCGGCAAAUUCGGUAUCGUCCAGACCUGCAUAGUCAAUGUCGACAAACGACACGCUUUCAUCAAGAUGUUGACCCGCAAGGAUGCCGAGAAGGCUCGUAUUGGCAUGGAGGACUUUCGAGAGGGAAACUCACAGCUGCGCACGAAGUGGGGUGUUGGCUUCGGUCCGCGAGACUGCAGCGACUAUCAGACUGGCGUCAGUAUUAUUCCAAUGGAACGACUCACUGAUGCCGAUCGCAAGUGGAUGGUCACUGCCGAGUAUGGCGGUACUGGUGGACAACCGAUGGAAACUGGCAUGGUGGUGGAGGAGCCGGAUAUUGAGAUUGGUGCUGGCGUUUCGUCGAAAGCUAUGAGUCGUCGCAUUGCGACCGACACAGGCGGCAAACGAGGUCCCGUCUCAACGCGCACGGGCGGCGACAAUCGACCACUCUCACGAGACAACAACAACCCCAACAACGUCCCUGUCAAUCCCAAUGGCAAUGGAGCCAACAUGCCGUUCAACUUCGCCAAUAUGCCAAUGCCGACAAUGCCAAAUGGCAUGCCUUUCCAGUUUCCUCCGGGCUUCUUUCAGAACUUUCAACAACAGCAAUAG